CCCUCAGAGACUCAGAGUGGGGAGGAAGGAGGAACAUGUCGGCCGUGCAGCUGCUGCGGGUGUCGGUACAUGAGCGGAUCAGCGCUGCCGCUGAAGACUUCUUGCUGCAGGUGGAGAAAGGAGGAGGAAAGGCUGAAGUCCUGGAGCUGAGAGCGAUGCUCACCGAGCGGCUCGCGGGGGCGGGGGAGGAGAUCCUCACGAGGCUUGAGGAAACCGUGGCUGGGUACGAGGACCGAGUGGAGCGGUCCGAGCGGGAGAGGAGGGUGAUCGAUGCCGCGAUGCAGCCCGUAGUCCGGCUGCACAGAGCAGUGUGUCCUGCAGACGUCCAGCAACUGAUGGUGAUAAAAGAAGAGGUUCCCCCUGAGCAGCCGCAGAGGAACCCUCUUGUGGACCAGGAGGACCCAGAGCCCCCCCUCUUUAAAGAGGAACAGGAGGAACCAUGGACCAAUCAGGAUGGACAGCAGCUUCAAGGACUGGAGGAGGCUGAUAUCAAGUUCACAUUGACUCCUGUCGCUGUGAUGUGUGAAGAAGAUGAAGAGAAACUUAAAUCGUCAAAGCUUCAUCCGAGUGAGAGGAAGGAGAACAAAGCGGACUGUGGAGGACCAGAACCAGCCAGGAACUCAGGUCCUGAUGGAUUUUUACAACAAGGUCCUGAGGAUAAGAAGGAAGACUCUUCUGAGACUGAAGAGAGUGAGGACGAUUGGCUGGAGACCAGGGAACCUCAGACUGGCUUAAAUACAAGAAACAACAAACGGCCUCUAAGUGAUAUGGGAUGUAAGACAGAGAAAAAAUCGUUUAGUUGCUCUGAGUGUGGUAAAAGAUUUAGCCUACGGAGCCAUCUAAAUACACAUAUGAUGAUUCAUACAGGAGAGAAACCGUUUAGUUGCUCUGAGUGUGGUAAAAGAUUUAACCAAAGGGGCGAUCUAUAUAAACAUAUGACGAUUCAUACAGGAGAGAAACCGUUUGGUUGCUCUGAGUGUGAUAAAAGAUUUAGCCUACGGAGCCAUCUAAAUAAACAUAUGAGGAUUCAUACAGGAGAGAAACAGUUUAGUUGUUCUGAGUGUGGUAAAAGAUUUAGCCGUAGGGACUAUCUAAAUAUACAUAUGAGGAUUCAUACAGGAGAGAAACAGUUUAGUUGUUCUGAGUGUGGUAAAAGAUUUAGCCGUAGGGACUAUCUAAAUAUACAUAUGAGGAUUCAUACAGGAGAGAAACAGGUUAGUUGUUCUGAGUGUGGUAAAAGAUUUAGCCGUAGGGACUAUCUAAAUAUACAUAUGAGGAUUCAUACAGGAGAGAAACAGUUUAGUUGUUCUGAGUGUGGUAAAAGAUUUAGCUGUAGGGACUAUCUAAAUAUACAUAUGAGGAUUCAUACAGGAGAGAAACAGUUUAGUUGCUCUGAGUGUGGUAAAAGAUUUAACCAAAGUGGCGAUCUAAAUAGACAUAUGAGGAUUCAUACAGGAGAGAAACCGUUUUGUUGCUCUGAGUGUGGUGAAAGAUUCAACCGAAGGGGCAGUCUAAAUAGACAUAUGAGGCUUCAUACAGGACAAAAACAGUUUAGUUGAUCUGAGUGUGGUAACAGAUUUAAGAUUCAGUCCUAUCAACGAGACAUGUGAGGAUUCAUAAAGGAGAGAAUUGAUUCAGUUGCAACCUUUGCAACAAAAGAUUUAUUAGGAUUUAUCAGCAGAUAUUCAUAGUAUACAUAUUCGUAGUUCACUGUUUUAAUUAGACUAUUAACAGUUUUUAUGUCCCUAGAAAAUAUAACUCAUUGAAUAACACAAUGUGUAUCUAAAAAAUGAAUCUUGAUAGGAGAAAUAAGCAACUGAGUGAAUUAAUUAAUUUCCCUUUUUGCUAUUCAACCUGCUAAGUCAUUUAGCUUCUCCAUUCAACCUCUCCAUUUCGUGACACUUUUGGCCUUGUGCUGAUAAAACAAGGUAAAACAAAGCAAAUUGGCCAAAAAAUCGAAUUUCAUUUAGUUCUUUAAUAAUAUUGAUAACGUUUUUGAUAUAACAAGGGAUAAUACAAUGAAAGUCAAAAGGGAUCAAUAACACAGUUGAAUGCUCAGAUUCAUUUGACUCUGAUAUUUCUUUGAGAAAAAACAAGACUCAUUGAAACUCACUUUUAUCGUCUGCUAAAAAGGCACAAGGAGGCUGAUUGGAGCACGGCAGUAACUUAUCAAUGAUCAAACAUUACACAGUCAUCCAAUGAAACUCUGCAUUAGUAAAUAAAAAGGCUGAUGUUGAGGAAAAGUUAAGAAGAAAAUAAACGUUUGCAAGAAGCAAAUAAAUCAAAUUCUUUGUUUGAUAACAUGAACAAAAGUAUCUCAACAAAAUAGCAAUGAUACCUACAAAUCCCUUGAGAGAACACAAUGAAUGUGUAUCAUUAAGAGCUGAUUGAGACACAUUAAAAACAUUGUGAACAGCAGCUCGAGACAGAAAGUUCAUCGGUCACCUACUGCCGGGACGAUAUGUCAAGUACUGUGAAGUAUUUUCUAACGAUGCUUCUAUAACAAGAGGGAUAAAUCUUUAUACAGCAUUUUAAUCUUCCUUCAGAGCCCUGUACAGUACAAUCUCUCAAAUCUAUAAGAUGAGACAACAAACGAUGGCUUCAGAUAACAAUCAAAAGUGCAAAUGUCUGUCUAUAAGAUGAGCGGAUUUAUAUUAUAAAAAGUUUUUACAGCAUCUAUUUUAUAACAUGAUCUGUUUGCAAAUGUAGAUAUUGAUUUUUUUUCAUAAUAUGUGAUUGUAUAGAGAAGAAUAGAGGAAAUGAUACUCAGUGUAUGUAAUGAUCAGUAAGGCUCUGUAUUAUUUACAGUACAAUAAGAAACAGUUGGCAGUUGUUUAACACACUGUGUUGUGUUGUUUUGUUGAAAGAUUCUUGUAGUGCACAUGCAGAAUAGUUUAUGAUACUAGUGAUAAGGCCUCCAGGUCAAAGCCUCAGAAUGCAGAAUAAAGACAAAUACAGAAACUGCAGAUAUAAAGAAAUAAAAAUUGACCCUGUGUCCAAGUUGCCUGGUUUUAAAACACAAA